CUCGUCCUCCUCGGACUCCGCCGGAGGCUACGAACCGCUCUAUAUAAGAUCUCCCUGCGGCCCCUUUGAGCUCUACAUCCGAACCACCGCCGAGUAUCGCCGUUCGUAUCUCUCUUCCUCUUCUUCUUCCGGAAGACGUUCGCUGCACCGGCCACGAAACCUCGCCGGAGUUGAGGUGUUUAGAGCUUGCCGGUCCAAUUCCAUCAUGGCAACUCGACUUCAAUUUGAGAACUCUUGUGAAGUAGGGGUUUUCUCGAAGUUGACAAAUGCAUACUGUUUGGUUGCAAUUGGAGGGUCAGAAAAUUUUUACAGUGCGUAUGAAUCUGAGCUUGCUGAUGAUAUUCCUGUGGUCAAGACCUCUAUAGCAGGCACUAGAAUAAUUGGGCGGCUGUGUGCUGGAAACAAGAACGGGCUUCUAUUGCCACAUACAACCACUGACCAAGAACUUCAACAUCUGAGGAACAGUAUACCUGACCAAGUGGUUGUUCAGCGUAUCGACGAAAGACUGUCUGCUUUAGGCAAUUGCAUAGCUUGCAAUGACCAUGUUGCUCUUACACAUCCUGAUCUCGACAGGGAAACAGAAGAGCUCAUUGCAGAUGUUCUUGGAGUAGAAGUAUUUAGGCAGACAAUUGCUGGAAACAUUCUUGUUGGCAGUUAUUGUGCCUUUUCAAAUAGAGGUGGCUUGGUUCAUCCACACACAUCCAUUGAGGAUCUUGACGAACUUUCUACGCUACUUCAAGUCCCUCUUGUUGCAGGAACUGUGAACAGAGGCAGCGAGGUCAUUGCGGCUGGUAUUACCGUGAAUGACUGGACUGCAUUCUGUGGGUCAGACACCACGGCAACUGAACUCUCUGUUGUUGAAAGUGUGUUCAAAUUGAGAGAAGUCCAACCAAGCUCAAUCGUCGAUGAGAUGCGGAAAUCACUUAUCGACAGCUACGUUUAGUAUUUCAAGAUAGUCUGCUAUUUUUAGUGCAACAUAAGUUUUCUCCUGAACACCUCUAGAAAAGGUUUCCGUUUAGUGUUGUGAUGUUAUGUUUCAUGUCAUAUUUAUGGCAAAGCUUGCACUGAUGUUGUUUAACAUAGUUUAUAUUUCGGUAACAUUGGUGCAUCACUUUUCUUUUGUCUGGUAGGGAAUUCACCCAAUAUUUUGUACUUACCAAAUGGGAAUGGAGCAUGGCAAUUAUAAUUCAGUCU